CCUUCCUUGUGCGGUCUCGUCCUGUAGCUAGACGAGGACCUUGAGUGUGUUGAGGAGUUUAUCACUUUAUUCUCUCAUUUUGAUUAAUCUAACAGAAACCGAACCAUGCCGGGUUCGGUGGAGGUUCCCACUUUGAACGACUUGAAUGUUGAGGAGAUCAGUGUGUCGUCUGCGGUGCUGAAGGGUGCUGCCCACCACUAUGGCUCUCAGUGUGACAAGGCCAACAAGGAGUUCAUGCUUUGUCGCUGGGAGGAGAAGGACCCAAGGAAGUGUCUGAAUGAAGGGAGGAAAGUCAACGAGUGUGCUCUUAACUUCUUCAGGCAGAUAAAGGGAAGCUGUGCUGAGUCCUUCACAGAGUAUUGGACCUGCCUGGACUACUCCAACCUGGCAGAGCUCCGUCAGUGCCGCAAGCAGCAGCUGGCCUUUGACAGCUGUGUGCUGGACAAGCUUGGCUGGGAGAGACCCAACCUGGGAGAACUGUCCAAGGUGACAAAGGUGGACACCUCUCGGCCCCUUCCUGAGAAUGCUUACCACUCGAGACCCCGGCCGGAGCCCAACCCUGUCAUCGAGGGCCAACUGCAGCCAGCCAAGCACGGCAGUCGACUCUUCUUCUGGAGCUGGUAAAGGAGGUAGUCAGUACUCCCGGGUGGAGUUCCCCUAGGUUCAGAUCUAGGAUCAGCUUCCCCUCCCCUAAUCCUAACCUUAACCAUUAGUGGGGAGAAUGCUAAACUGACCCAAGAUCAGCGUCUAGGAGCAACUUCACCCCACACCAGGAGACACCCACUAUCAUCAGACUUCUUUGGACAGGAAGGGACUCCUAUGUUGUAUAAAUGUUAAUGAUUGAACACAAAGCAACCAAUGUGUUUAUUGUUGUGAAAUAAAAAAAAAUAUUUAAUUUAAACUUG